UUUUCGUUUUUCUUUCUUACAAGUCAAGCUUCAGUCUGUCUGUUUUUUUGCAUCCAUUAUUAAUGUUUCUACCCAACAGGCUGUCGGGCUACCAAGUUCAAGUUUUGUUUUCAUUACUUUAACAGUAAAUUGCUGGUUUUCGAGUUGAAUUACUUAGCUCUUGUAGACUGCUUCUCGGUCAUUGUAGCAUCUGUGUAGUGCCACAGGUUCUUGUUUUUAAUAACAACAACAACAGCAAAAAAGAACAUGUUUAUGCACAUUUGGCAGUACCUCUACACCUCUUUCUUAAGAUUUUGGCUAAAGUGGUUUAUAAGGCAGAUCACAGGAAAGUGUGAGCUCCAGCGGAUAUGUGACGGAUACUCUCAAGGAGCAACAAGGACCAUGAAGACAGAAUAUUCUCUGGAAUCAUCAAAAAGUCAGAUUUUAAGAAGUGCAGUGAAUGCUGAAGAAUGUGCUUUGGAUAAGCAUGUUAAAGAUAUAAUCAAGAUAAAAAAGGUUAAUACAGAGAAGGAUACACAGUUUAAACUAAACCUUCAGGUCUGUUUACUUCAAAUAUCGGGCUACAAGAAGCUCUUCUUAGAUGUUGAAAAUCUAAGAAAGCAAACGUUUGAUUCUGAAAACAAGGAACAUGAAAACAAGCUUUUGAAGUUGUGGAAUCUGUUGAUGCCACAAGCGAAGCUGGAGUCUAGGAUCACCAAGCAGUGGGGAGAUAUUGGUUUUCAAGGCGAUGACCCCAAAACUGACUUCCGAGGCAUGGGCAUGCUGGGCUUGACAAAUCUUGUUUUCUUUAGCGAGCAUCACUCUGAAGCGGCACGUCAGGUCCUUUCACACUCAAAUCAUCCCAAACUAGGAUAUUCAUAUGCAAUAGUGGGAAUAAACCUCACAGAGAUGGCUUACACUUUGCUAAAGAGCGGCGCCCUCAAGCCCCACUUCUAUAACCUGGUCCCUGGAAACCCUAGGUUGGAGCACUUCCAUAAGCUUUACUGUUACCUGGCAUAUGAGUUUGACAAGUUUUGGUUUAAGGAAGAACCCGAAAGCAUCAUGGAGUUUAAUCAGUACAGAGAAAAAUUCCAUGAAAAGGUGAAACAACUUUUACUGGAAGCAGAUGUGACCCUCACCUUGACAUUGACUACUAAAAAGUAGCAGUUAUUUGGAGUGGAUCUUUAUACAGUAGCUGAUUUCUGUUUGCCUUGUUAUUUUCUUUUUAUUAACCCUUUUAAUUGAACCCCCUAACCUAUGGUUUCCUAGUAUGUAUCUGUACCAAACUCUCCUUGGAAAACCUGUAAGACAAUCAUUUUGCUGUUUACAAAGAUUCUAGUCAGAAAAAAUAGAGAGA